GCCACACUGUUUACGAAGAAGCGAGCAAAGAAAACGUGAAAAUAAAAGCGUAUUAAGAUUUCGUGUGCAAAGCAAAAAUGCUGUAGGCGCAGUGUAAAAUGCAUAUACUGCUGAUAAAUCGCGUUUGUGAGAUGCCUAAACGCGAAUUCGACAUCAAAUCGGUGCAAAACUUCAAGGUGCAAUAAUAGUACUACUCGAAUUAUCGAAAAUACCAAAGUGCAAUUGACCAGUUGAGACUACAACCACAGCAACAACAACAACGGCGACAGCAGCAGUGAAAUAAUAUAAUAACCUUGUGUUUUGUUUUUAAUUUGUCGAUCAGAAAUCGGAAAUAUAUUCAAAAUACGGCAGGUGAAGUGUGUUAUUGGCUACAGCUACCGUGGUUAAAAAGCAAAAGUUCAAAAGGAAAACAUAGUCACGGUAAGUGCGUGUGCGUAGUGCCAACAAUACAAGCGCAACAACCAACACACUCGCACAGCUAGUUUUCGUAGGAAAAUACGAAAGCAACGGCGAUAAAUAAUACCGAGCAACACGACAACAACAACAACGAAGAGUCUCAAAAGUGCUGGAAAACUCGCGAUAAGAAAUUAAAGCAAGAAAAGGGAGAAACAGGAACCUCCACAUCGACAGAUCUUUUUGUUUUGUGUUUUGAAUGCUGCUGCACCCCGAGAUCCGGCGACAAAAUGGUCUCGUUAAUUGACACAAUCGAAGCGGCGGCCGAGAAACAGAAGCAGUCGGUGGCCACCAACUCCGCCUCCUCCUCCGCCUCAUCCUCCUCGUACUCCUCCUCCCCACCAUCUUCGUCUGCGGGAUCCCCAUCUUCGGCGGCCCCAAAGUCCAAUCUCACGGCCAGCGGCAAACCGAAGGAGAAACGAAGGAACAAUGAAAAGCGCAAGGAAAAAUCACGCGAUGCGGCCAGAUGUCGGCGCUCCAAGGAGACGGAGAUUUUCAUGGAGCUCUCGGCGUCGUUGCCAUUGAAAACCGACGAUGUCAAUCAACUGGACAAGGCCUCCGUGAUGCGGAUGACCAUUGCGUUCCUCAAGAUUCGCGAGAUGCUGAAGUUUGUGCCCAGUUUGCGUGACUGCAAUGAGGCCAUCAAGCAGGACAUUGAGGCUGUGGAGGAUCAGCCGGAGGUCAAGCCCAAGCUGGAAAUGGGCAGCGAGGACUGGCUGAAUGGAGCCGAGGCCAGGGAGCUCCUGAAGCAGACCAUGGAUGGAUUCCUGCUGGUCCUGUCCCACGAGGGCGACAUCACCUAUGUGUCCGAGAACGUGGUCGAGUAUCUGGGCAUUACCAAGAUCGACACUCUGGGCCAGCAGAUCUGGGAGUACUCGCACCAGUGCGAUCACGCCGAGAUCAAGGAGGCGCUCAGCCUGAAGCGCGAGCUCGCCGAAAAGGUCAAGGAUGAGCCGCAGCAGGACUCCGGAGUGAGCACCCAUCACCGGGACCUCUUCGUGCGCUUGAAGUGCACUUUGACUAGUCGCGGACGCAGCAUCAACAUCAAGAGUGCCUCUUACAAGGUCAUUCACAUUACUGGACACUUGGUGGUCAAUGCCAAGGGCGAGCGUCUGCUCCUGGCCAUUGGCCGACCCAUUCCGCAUCCUUCGAACAUUGAGAUACCUCUGGGAACCAGCACCUUCCUAACCAAACACUCCCUGGACAUGCGUUUCACCUAUGUGGACGAAAAGAUGCAUGGCCUGUUGGGAUACUCGCCCAGGGAUCUGCUCGACACUUCCUUGUACGUCUGCCAGCAUGGAGCUGAUUCCGAGCGCCUGAUGGCCACCUUCAAGAGCGUGCUGAGCAAGGGGCAGGGGGAGACCUCUCGCUACCGAUUCCUGGGAAAGUACGGUGGCUACUGCUGGAUUCUCAGCCAGGCCACGAUCGUCUAUGAUAAACUGAAGCCCCAGAGCGUCGUUUGCGUCAACUACGUCAUAAGUAAUCUUGAGAAUAAACAUGAGAUAUACUCACUCGCUCAACAAACGGCGGCAAGUGAGCAAAGGGAACAACACCGAGCAGCUGACACCGAGCAGGAGCCAGAGAAAUCAGCCGCCGAGCCCGAAAUAAUCCCCCGACAGACCAAGGAAGCAGAAAGCAAGCCCGCACCCAUUGAGGUCGAGGACAAACCCCCGGAGAUUCCCAGCCAGGAAGCGGAGAAGAUAGCUUCACCGGAAACCAGAAGAGGGGCUGCCAAUACCAACAGCCCACCAGCAACCGACCAGAUCAAGCCACUGGGCAGCGAGAGCGUUCCCCUGAAGCAGAUCCUCCAGGCGGAGCUGCUGAUCAAGCGGGAGAAUCACUCGCCAGGACCGCGAACCAUCACCGCCCAGCUGCUCAGCGGGGCAAACAGCGGCGGACUGCGCCACGAGGAGAAGCGUCCCAAGUCUGUGACCGCUUCGGUCUUCCGUCCGAGCUCCGCUCCACCUCUGACCCCAGCCCCAAUAUCAACCCCACCGCCACCGCCCGCAGUAGCGGCGGUCCUCUGCAAGAAGAAUCCACUCCACUCCGUGGAGCCCACUCUGCCGCCCACAACCACCGCCACGGCAGCCAUCAUCUCCUCCAGCAAUCAGCAGUUGCAGAUCCCACAGACAGCUCAAGAUAUGAAUAAGGGAUUCUGCUCGCUCUUCGCCGACGAUGGACGAGGUCUGACAAUGCUUAAGGAAGAACCCGACGAUUUGUCCCACCACCUGGCCUCCGCCAACUGCAUUCGGCUGGACGAGAUGACGCCCUUCAGCGACGUGUUGGUCGGCCUCAUGGGCUCGUACCUGCCCGAGGACAUCAAUUCCCUGGACUCGACCACCUGCUCCACGACGGCCAGUGGCCAGCACUACCAGAGUCCCAACAGCAGCAGCACCAGCAGCAACACCGCAGCAACCAGCAAUACCAGCAGCAGCAAUAGCAAUAGCUAUGCCAACAGUCCGCUCAGCCCGCUCACACCCACGCCCGCUGAAAGGAAUACCAGUCAUCAGCAGCAGCAGCAGCAGCACCAGCAGCAGCAACACCAUCAGCAGCAGCAGCAACACCAGCAGCAGCAACACCAUGCCCAGCACCACGACAACAGCAACAGCAGCAGCAACAUUGAUCCCCUGUUCAACUACCGCGAGGAGUCGAACGACACCAGUUGCUCGCAGCACCUGCACUCGCCCAGCAUCGCCUCAAAGAGUCCCGAGGACAGCAGCCUGCCAUCGCUGUGCAGCCCCAAUUCGCUGACCCAGGAGGACGAGUUCUCCUUCGAGGACUUCGCCAUGCGUGCUCCCUACAUCCCCAUCGAUGACGACAUGCCCCUGCUGACGGAGACGGAUCUCAUGUGGUGCCCACCGGAGGAUCUGCAAACCAUGGUGCCCAAGGACAUCGAUGCCAUACAGCAGCAGUUGCAACAGAUGCAGCAGCAACAUCACCAGCAGUACGCCACCAGCAAUACUGGCUACCAGCAGCAGCAGCCACAGCAGCAGCAACACCAGCAGCAGCAUUUCUCCAACUCCCUGUGCUCAUCGCCAGCCUCGACGGUCUCGUCCUUAUCGCCAUCGCCGGUGCAACAGCAACAUCAGCAGCAACAGGCGGCGGUCUUCACCAGCGAUUCCAGCGAACUGGCGGCAUUGCUGUGCGGAUCCGGAAAUGGAACCCUUUCGAUUCUGGGCGGGAGUGGAGUCACCGUUGCGGAGGAGUGCAGCGAGCGACUGCAGCAGCAACACCAUCAGCAGCAGCAACAGAAUAGCAACGAGUUCAGGACCUUCCAGCAACUGCAGCAGGAGCUGCAGUUGCAGGAGGAGCAGCAGCAGCGACAGCAGCAGCAGCUGCAACAGCAACAGCAGCAGCAGCAACAGCAGCUACUGAGCCUCAGCAUCGAGUGCAAAAAAGAGAAAUACGAUGUGCAAAUGGCAUCUAGUUUAUGCCAUCCUAUGGAGGAUGCAUUUGAGAAUGACUACAGCAAGGACUCCACCAACCUGGAUUGCUGGGAUCUGCUGCAGAUGCAGGUGGCGGAGGCGGCUCCCGUGAGUCCCACCCAAGCCUCCUCGCCGGCUCCCUGCAAGGUGACCACCAUCCAGUUGCUCCAGCAGCAGCAGCAGUUGCAGCAGCAGCAGCAGCAGAACAUCAUCCUGAAUGCAGUGCCAUUGAUUACCAUACAGAACAACAAGGGAUUGAUGCAGCAGCAGCAGCAGGAGCAGCUGCAGCAGCCCACUUUGAAGCUGUUGAACGGAGCCAGCCUGGCGCCGGUGACGACCAAGGCCACCAUUCGCCUGGUGGAGAGCAAGCCGGCCGCCACGACGCCACCCCGCGUGGCCAAGGUGAACCUCAUCCCCCAGCAGCAGCAGCAGCAUGGAAAUAAGCGACACCUGAACAGUGCGACAGGAGCAGGCAAUGCCGUGGAGUCGAAGCGCCUGAAGAGCGGCACCCUCUGCCUGGACGUGCAGUCCCCGCAGCUCCUGCAGCAGCUGAUUGGCAAGGAUCCUGCCCAGCAGCAGACCCAAGCAGCCAAGCGAGCGGGCAGCGAGCGGUGGCAACAGACCUCGGAGAGCAAGCAGCAGAAGCAGCAGCAACAGCAGUCCAACUCGGUGCUGAAGAACCUGCUGGUCAGCGGACGCGAUGCUGGCGAAUCGGAACCCAUGAUGAUCGAUGAAGACAGCUCCCUGGAGCAGCAGGGCAAUCCUCUGGGCAAGUAUGGACUGCCCCUGCAUUGCCACACCUCCACGUCGGCGGUGCUGCGGGACUACCACCACAAUCCGCUGAUCAGUGGCACCAACUUCCAGCUGUCUCCGGUCUUCGGAGGAUCAGAUGCUGGAGGAGGUGAUUGCGAGACCGGGUCAGUGGUCUCCCUGGAUGACUCCGUGCCACCGGGCCUCACGGCCUGCGACACGGAUGCGUCCAGCGACAGUGGCAUCGAUGAGAACAGCCUGGUGGACGGGGCGUCGGGGUCACCGCGCAAGAGGAUUGCCCUAAGCUCCACCACCACCAGUGGUGAGCUGGACACUGCACCACCGCCCUUGGAUGUGGCGAUCCGCCCAGUGAUCCAGCAGUCGGCAGAGGAGGAGCUCGAGGCCUGCGGUGGCAGCAGCAGUAACGCCCCCAGCAGGAAGACCUCCAUCUCGUUCAUGGACAGCAGCAAUCCCCUGCUCCACACGCCGGCGAUGAUGGACCUGUGCAACGAUGACUACAUCAUGGGCGAGGGUGGCUUCGAGUUCAGCGAGGACCAGUUGGAGCAGGUGCUGGGAUGGCCAGAGAUCGCCUAGAGUGACCACCAUCCUUACAUGCACGGCAUUUGAGGGGGGCAUUUUAUUUGAGAGGACAGGAAAACAUUGAAAUUAAACUGAGCUAACCAAAAGAUUGAUUUUGAGCCUUGCGUGAAAGUAGAAGUCCGCACAAACCAACCUGACAAGACCUAUGUGACCCCGCCAACCGGUGAUUCCCAUUUCCCAGCCCCAACCGAACCUUGACCCCUGAUGACCCCAUGCUAACCGACACACAUUUACAAACAGGAAGGGUUAAUCACACUUGAAUAGUUUUGUAGCCAUGUUAACUGCCUAGAACAGAAGAAUAUACACGUAUGUAAUUUAGUCUUAAUGAUUUUCUAUAUGCAAAACGUUUUACACCACAAAAAGGAUGAGAGGCGCAGUAGUGAGAGGAUGAGGAGUACCAGUCGAAAGAAAUAACCAUAAACUACGAUAUAAAUUACGAAAAGAAUGUAUCUUGGAAAAUGUUCAUAGUUUUUGUUGCUGGAAGGCUCAAAAAACAAGUUUUUUGGUGAUGGUUGUAAUUCUGUUUUAUAACUUUCGAGCAAAAAAGCUGUGACGGAAAAAAAGUUUUUGAACACGUUUUACAAGUAAAUAUUAUUAAAAGAAAAAAAACGAAAAAAAAAACAGAAAAAAAUGUAUACCCUAAUGGUUAAUUUAGUUAAGGACUUUAAUUUCAAUGUUUUCAAAUGCUACAAGAAAAAGUUUGUAGUUAUUAUAAUAUUUUUAAUGUAAUUAAUUCAACUAAGUAAAUAUUGUGCCCGAUUCAGUUGAUCUUAACUCCAGGCUACACUUAGUGCAUUUCUACAAAUUAACCUUGUGUCAAUCAUUUUCAAUAAUUUCUCGAUUUUCGUAUCCCUUGAGUACCGAUUCUUUGUGUAAAUUAGUUUUAAUUCUGUUUAAGGCGCAUCAUACAACACAAACUGUUUGCUUGCUUAAAUCCAAAUUCAAUCAAUGUUCAGUGUUUUACAACUUGUUUAACUAUCAAUUGGCAAAUAAAUAUAGAAUUAAUUUCGAUGAAAAUUGCAUGCAGAA